GACCCCCACAACACCAAAUCAAAGUCCAACCUUUGACGUUUGUGCCAACAGUACAGAGUCCGACUUUACCGACCUUACGAUUUUAACGCGAAAUGUCUCAUUGGGAGGAGUUUUACGCCACGCAUUUGCCCCCAACUGACUUUGAGGAUAACCGAAUCCUCCUCAAAGAGUUCUGCGAGCGUCACAAAAAAGCAGGCGAACGUAUUGUUCUCAUAACGUCAGGGGGCACAACUGUGCCCCUUGAGCACAACACCGUUCGUUUCGUCGAUAAUUUCAGUGCUGGAACUCGGGGGGCUGCCUCAGCCGAGUAUUUCCUCGAGCAUGGUUACGUUGUCAUUUUCAUGCACCGUUUAAAGUCACUGGAGCCCUUCACGAGACACUUUAGCGGGCAAAAAUUCAUGGACAUGUUAGAGUUGCACGAUCAGGGCCCCAAUACGAGUAUCACAGUGAAACCCGACAGCGUGGACGUGUUAGCCCCCGUUUUGGCGAGUUAUAAGCAUGCCCAAGAAGGGGGCAGAGUCCUAUACGUGACGUUUACAACCGUCUCGGAUUAUUUCUGGCUUUUGAGGGCUGCCUGUGAAUGCUUGGCCAUUUUCGAGACCAAAGCACUUUUAUUCCUAGCAGCUGCAGUAUCCGAUUUUUACGUUCCUUCAAACGAAAUGCCGACGCAUAAAAUCCAGUCAGGGGCGGGCGCCCCCACGAUUCAAUUGCAACUAGUUCCGAAAUUGUUGGCCCCACUUGUUAAUUUAUGGGUGCCCCAUGCGUUUGUCGUUUCGUUCAAAUUGGAGACUGACGAAAGUAUUUUGAUCGUAAAAGCGAGAGAUUCACUCAAUAAAUACAAACAUAAACUUGUCAUCGGAAAUAUGCUUCAAACUCGGCGCCAAAAAGUCGUUUUUGUCACAAAAGACACCAGUUUUGAGGUGUCUCUAACACGCGAACAAAUGCUCAACGGUAUGGAAAUUGAAGACUCGAUUGUUACGAACGUCAUCACCAAUCACACCGAAUUCCUUAAAACGCAUCAGUAUUAAAAAAAUGGGGACUUUCGUUAAGCGAAAUCAGGGUAAAUAACCUUAAAACAAUCCUUGUAUUUUUAGGGGCAGAGGGACUGAAAAUCAUGACCAUUCAUUUACAUAUCUUUGAACGAACGAAGUGUUAUAUUAUUUAUAAUUAGGAGGGCAAAAAGUCAUGUUAUGUUAACACAAAAGUGUGGUUAUAUUAUUUAAAAGUUCUGAUUUUUACGUUUCAUCGUUAAUGGGCUGCCGGGGCACCUAAACACCCUUCUUGUAAAAUUUUAUUGUUUAAAAGUGUAAUAUUAAUGCAUGUUAUGUUAUGACAAAAGUGAGGUUAUGUCAUUUAAUUAAGAUUUUUUCACGUUUGGUCAAUAAUGGGGGCUGCCGGGGCACAAAAAUGUAUCGAAGUAAAGCGUGUGCGAUUGCUUUCUGUGCAAUUUUAUCGUUUUAAGUGUGAUAAUGCAAAAGUGAGGUUAUGUUAUCUUUUGUAGAAAUGGGGCCCCUGAUUUGUUAGUAGUGGCCAAAAAACGUAAAUGUUGGUGUAAUAAGUGUAAAAAUGUGCCAGUAACGCUAUCAUUGUACAGAUAAAUGUUGAUAUACCUAUUUUUAUUUUUAUACAUUCAUCUACUUUGGAGUUUAUGUUAUUAGGGGGGGGGGCACAGUUUAUGAUUGUCACAAUUUUGUAAAAAAGUGGCUAAAUAAAUGUUUUUAUUAAA